AUGGCUGACCAAGGCUACGGCCAAUUCCCCCAGCAGCAGUACGGCCAACAACCCCCGUAUCCUGAUCCUGAUGCCGCCUCUGCUGGCACUCCUCCCCCACAGGCCGCACAACAACCCCUCGAGGGAGCAGCAGGAAAGAAGAAGAAGCGAGGCUAUGCGACACAGGCCUUCGAAUUCGGCGCCGGUGGUAACGCCGCCGCAGGAGGUCAGGCUCCCGGCGGCAUCCCUCCCCCGCCAGGUGCAGGUGUGCCCGCAGCUGCGGGUUACCCAGGCCAACAAGACUUUCAAGCAGGAUACCCAGCAUCUACGGCUCCAGCAUAUGGCGGCGCCCCCGCCCCCGCAGCCUAUGGCGCUCCAGGAGCCAGUCCUGCCGCACCCGGAAUAGGAGGCUACCAGGCCCCCGAUGCUUAUUAUCAAGGCGCCGGAGCCCCUGGAGCUCCUCAGGGCGUGUCUGGAAUCACUGCAGGUAUGGCAGGCAUGAAUAUGGGAGCUCAGCCGGGACAGCAGCAGCAGCAGCAGCAGCAGUCCGGCCAGCAAGCCCGUGUUGCGCUGAACCAGCUAUACCCUACCGACCUACUCAACCAGCCUUUCAACGUAUCCGAGUUGGACCUGCCACCACCUCCCUGCAUUCUCCCACCCAACUCUAGCGUUACUCAGUCGCCGGAUGCCAACUGCCCGCCGAGAUACAUGCGGUCCACACUCAACGCAAUUCCCACCCAGAACUCCCUUCUGAAGAAGUCGAAGCUUCCCUUCGCUCUCGUCAUCCAACCCUACGCUGCCCUCCACGAUAUCGACGAUGCCGUCCCCGUUGUUCAGGACCAGGUCAUUGCCCGUUGCCGGAGAUGCAGGACGUACAUCAACCCCUAUGUUAUCUUCUUAGACCAGGGCCACAGAUGGCGCUGCAACAUGUGUAAUCUCACGAACGAUGUACCGCAAGCCUUCGACUGGGAUGCCGCCGCGCAGAAGAGUGUCAACCGCUGGGAUCGCCCCGAGCUGAACCAUGCUGUUGUUGAGUUUGUCGCACCCCAGGAGUACAUGGUCCGCCCACCUCAGCCUUUGGUCUACCUAUUCCUCUUCGACGUCAGCUAUGCUGCUGUUUCGACCGGUCUGCUUGCUACUAGCGCACGUACCAUCCUUGACAGCCUAAACAGAAUACCCAAUGCCGACCGCCGAACUCGCCUGGGAUUUAUUGCAGUCGACUCCAGUCUGCAUUACUUCUCCGUUCCCAAGGAUAGCGAUGAGAAUAUCGAAACUAGCAUGUUAGUCGUCAGCGACUUGGAGGAGCCAUUCUUGCCGGUUCCUCAGGAUCUUCUGGUCCCUCUCACUGAGAGCAGGGUCAGCAUCGAGAACUUCCUUAACAAGCUCCCCGAAAUGUUCCAGAACAACCAGAACAACGGAUCGUGCAUGGGGUCCGCGUUGAGGGCUGGACAUAAACUCAUCUCCCCCCUGGGUGGUAAGAUUGUGGUUCUCAGCGCCUCCUUGCCGAAUAUGGGCGAUGGCAAGUUGGAAAUGAGAGAAGACAAGAAGCUGCUCGGCACCUCGAAGGAGAACGCCCUGCUCCAAACCGGCAAUAGUUUUUACAAGUCAUUCGCUGUCGAAUGUUCCAAGAACCAAGUUUCUAUCGAUAUGUUCCUCUUCUCUAGCCAAUACCAAGACGUGGCGUCACUCAGCAACCUGCCCCGUUACACUGGUGGUCAGACAUGGUUCUACCCGGGCUGGAAUGCAGGGCGCCCAGAGGACGCGAUAAAGUUUGCUCGUGAGUUCAGCGACUUCCUAUCGUCUGAGAUCGGUCUGGAGGCCGUUCUCAGGGUGCGCGCAACCACUGGUCUGCGCAUGAGCACGUUCUACGGCAAUUUCUUCAACCGAAGCUCAGAUCUCUGUGCUUUCCCGGCUUUCCCUCGUGACCAGUGCUACGUUGUGGAGGUGGCCAUCGAUGAGACCCUUCAAAAGAACUACGUGUGUCUGCAAGCUGGUGUGUUGUACACUACUUGCAACGGCGAGAGGCGCAUUCGUGUCAUGACACUGGCCAUCCCAACAACUACCAACCUCGCGGACAUCUACGCCUCCGCCGACCAAUGCGCCAUAACGACUUAUUUCAGUCACAAGGCGGUCGAACGCGCGCUUAGCUCUGGACUGGAUGCUGCUCGGGAUGCCUUGCAAAGCAAACUCAUUGAGCUCCUGCAAACCUUCAAGAAGGAGCUCGGCGGUGGAAGCAUGGGUGGCGGUUUACAAUUCCCUGCCAACCUACGUGGUCUUCCUGUACUCUUCCUCGGCCUGAUCAAGAACGUCGGUCUGAGGAAGUCAGCACAGAUCCCGUCGGAUCUCCGUUCCGCUGCCCUCGCCCAGCUAUCUACGCUUCCCCUCCCGCUCCUCAUGCGGUACAUCUACCCUAGGCUCUAUUCUUUACACGAUAUGCCGGACAACGCAGGGGUGCCGGAUCCCGAGACUAGUCAGAUCGUGCUCCCACCCCCGUUGAACCUCUCGUCAGAACGAUUUGUCAGUUAUGGUUUGUACCUGAUCGACGACGGACAGACACAGUUCAUUUGGAUCGGAAGAGACGCUGUUCCUCAACUACUUCAAGAUGUCUUUGGUAUUGCAGACAGGACACAGCUGAGAGUAGGCAAGGGAUCCAUCGCCGAGCUGGACAACGAUUUCAACGAACGGGUUCGGGCUGUCAUUCAGAAGAGUAGAGAUCAUCUGUCUCUUGGCGUGGGUAGUAUCAUCGUGCCGCAUCUAUAUAUCGUACGGGAAGAUGGAGAGCCAAGCCUGAAGCUCUGGGCUCAGACACUGCUGGUAGAGGAUCGGGCGGAUCAAGGCAUGAGCUUCGGCCAAUGGAUGGGCAGCUUGAGAGAAAAGGUGAGCAGUUGA